UCAUUCAGUUUGUAGAAAGAGAAUCGAACCUGGCACAACACAUAAUAUUCAAUAUUUAUCAAUUACCGUGAACGUAUGAUAUAUAAUUCGAGUGAAAUAAUUGGUUGUUUGUUAACAUACCUAGUAUGUAAAUUGUGAACUUUGAUUGCUAUAAUAUGGUACCACCUAGUUGCGUGGUAGUUAAGGAUUCAUUCUUAUAAAUCCGACAGAAAAGUGUAAACAUUCAGUGUAAACAUAUAAGUAUAGCAAGUUGUGUGUGUUUGUCCAAUUCGUGGCAAUGUUGUGCGUCACAGUAUUUUGUGUACUCAGUCUUAUAUGGGGAGGUAGCUGGUGUGAAGAUCUGAGGUUUCCUCCAGGGUUUCAGUUCGGCGCAGCCACGUCCGCAUACCAAGUUGAAGGUGCCUGGAACGCCAGUGAUAAAGGUAGGAAUGUUUGGGACAUAAUGCUGCACAAUACUCCGAGCGUGACAGCGGACGGUCAGAGCGGCGACAUCGCCUGCGACUCCUACCACCAGUGGAGGAUGGAUAUACAUAUGGCAAAAACCUUGGGGCUGCACUUUUACCGCUUCUCCAUAGCCUGGAGCAGGAUACUACCGACUGGGUUCUCUAACAAGAUCAGCAAAGAUGGCGUCGGUUACUACAAUAAACUAAUCGACGGCCUGUUGAGGAGCGGAGUGGAGCCAGUAGUGACCCUGUACCAUUACGAUCUGCCUCAGAACAUACAAUCUCUUGGAGGUUGGGCAAAUCCUCUCAUAGUAGACUGGUUUGCGGACUACGCAGGGAUCGUGUUUUCCCACUACGCCGACCGAGUGAAGACGUGGAUCACCAUCAAUGAGCCACUCAUACUGUGUGACCACAUGUACAACGUCGGUGACAUAGUGCCCAUGGUCAAGGAAGAUCUUCUUGGGCCCUACGUGUGUAACAAGAAUGUUCUGUUGGCUCACGCGAAGGCUUGGAGGAUCUACAACGACACUUAUAAGCCACAUUACCAUGGCAAGGUGUCCAUUGCCAAUAACCCUAUAUGGCUGGAGCCUCUGUCAGAGGAAGAUGAAGAGUUAACAGAACUUGCAAGAGAAUUUGGAACUGGGCGUUACUCGGAUCCCAUUUAUACGGAGCAAGGUGGCUGGCCACCUGCCGUGGAGGAGAUAAUGGCAGAGUACAGCAAGAAGCAAGGCUUUCCAUAUUCAAGGUUACCGUCUUUUACAGAAGAGGAGAAGAAACUAAUACAAGGCACAUACGAUUUCUUCAGUUUGAACCAGUACACCAGCCGUCUAGUCAGAGCCGCUCAUGAGGACGAGACACCCGGGACUUGGUUCAGCUUCGGCUCAAAGGAGCUGAAUGUGGUAUUGGAGACCGACCCCAAGUGGGCUUUCAGCGAUUUGAAAAUGAUAGCGGUAACACCGUCGGGUAUGCGCCGACAAAUCAAUUGGAUCAAAGAGCGGUACAACAAUGUGAGCAUCCUCAUAACAGAGAACGGCUUCGCGACUCGCGACCCCGGCUUGUAUGACACGCAACGCAUCCACUUCAUACGUGAAUACUUGAGAGAGGUACUGCUGGCUAUUAAGGAAGACGGAGCUAAUGUGAUUGGUUACACUGUGUGGAGCCUGAUGGACAACUUUGAGUGGAUGUUCGGAUACACCAUGAAAUUCGGCCUAUAUGCUGUAGACUUCUCCCACCCUCUGCGCCUACGUACGCCGCGAGCCUCCGCCCUAUUCUACGCCAACGUCAUCAAACACCACUCCUUGGACAACCACAGCCCCGAACAGUAUCAGCACUUGAAGUCAACUAACCUUAAAUCUAAUAAUUCGUCUCCAGCUACAAUUAGUAUCAAAGAACUGUUGCUUAUUUUUAUACUUAUACAUGUCAUUUUAUAAUGUAGUGUGAUUUUAAUCUCAGAAUACAGAAAACAUAAGAAGCCACGUUCAUCCAUUAUUAUAAAGCACGCAUUGUGUCCAAAAAAUUUAACUAUAGCUUGGCAAGUUUACACUGUCAUGAUAUGCGGGCGACGGGGGAAAUCACGGGUGUGAAAUCAUGCGGAAGUGAGAUGCAUCAGUCGUGGGUUUUUCAUUCAUCGCUACACACCCCUCGGCCUGCGCGAACCAUCGGCAGUGUUACGAACAAACUUGCCAAGCUAUAUCUACAUAGCAUACACAGUGACAUAUCGCUUUUUUUGAAAUUACACCAUAAACACAAUAUUAAAGAGUUAAAUAAUGAAUAGAAGAACAAUAACAAUUAAUUGAAUAAUAUUAAAUCAAUAAUGUCAAACGAAAUAAAUCAUAUUAUAAAAAGAAACAAGGACAAUGGGCAAAAGUAGUAUCGCUGAACUGAGUAAAUCGAAGUUAUAUCACAAGUUUUUCAUGACUAUAAUUCAUUUUUUUUUAAUUAUAAAUGUUACUUUUUUAUCAGACUCAACGGUGAUUAUAAAAAUAAGAAAACUAAUGUCGAACAAAGGUUAUGAUUCCCAACAUUUGUCAGGACAACUUAAUAAACAAAGCAAACUGUAGCCAAAAUAAGGCCCUAGAAUGGCAGAGAAUGACCUUGAGUGAAGUCACGCACUUGUGAACGAUGUGUGUAGGGUUAAAGGAUCCUUUGACAGUUAACAAACACUCCCCUUUUCCACUCAAUGUCACUCUCCUCGCCUAUCCUAAGUAACCUAUAAAGAAUUACACAACAAGAGAUGUGGGCGGCUCGAACGCCACGAGCACACUGAAGCCGCCUGUACCGCAAGUCGUUGCAACGCGGCGAUAACACUAAUAUUACUAACAUAAUUUAAGAAAAUCUACCAACAUAUUAAUAACAAUAUUUGAAAUGUAAAUAAAUUAGAAAUGUGGAAUAAAUGGCUUAUUUAUUUUUUAUG